AUGAGCGGGGUUGCUGAAGGGCAUGACCAGCGUACGAGCAGUGAGACUGAAAUUGAAUGCGAUGAGCUGCAGCCCAUGGCAGAAGAGGAGACAUCAGCAGGCUGGCGGAGGCUGCUUAAUUUUCCACCGCAGCCGAUGUUAGCGCCUGUAGCUCCGGCGUUUUCAUUAGAUGAUCUUGCACAAAAGAAAGAGUCAGACGCAGCGAGUGAAAUUGCUCCAACAACACUUGCGGGUCACGUCAUGUGGAAAGUAGCUGCGCGGAUGUCAUUGCAUCACGAGAGUCGUCUACUGCAGCACUUUACUCGCUCUAUUCGCAACCGAGGAACGAAUAAGGAUGGGGAGAGGAGGCCCAGUUUUAUGCUAGAGAUGGACCCAGAUGAGGUCGAUAUGAAUUCACAAGCAAAACCUAGGAAGUCCGUACGUAAUUCUAUCCCAGGACUGCGUAAGAUAGACGAUGGUAUCAAUCGGCGACAAUUGGACCCAGAUGCCGCCGCAUAUCCGGAAACAGCAGGUCGUCCCGCUUCUGCUGUCAGUGGCACUGGCGCAGCUUCAUUAUUGUCUAGUACUAGUACCAGUAUAUUGCCUCCGAUGCCGCCACUUGUGUUUUCGCCGACUAAACGAAACUCGCAGAAACAUGCUCGCAGUAUGACGCUUAUGCAGUAUUCCAAGUGGAAAUACCCCGGACUGCGUCCAGGUCUCUCAGUGCGAGUAGUACGGUGCGAUAUUGCGAAUUCUAUGCAUGCUGUCUCAGAGUAUGUACUGCACGUUGUGGAUCUGCAUACUCGUGUCUUCUGGAUUACAAAGAAGCGGUUUAGCGACUUUUACUACCUCCGUCGCAAAGUUCGCGGCAUGAUCCGUCGCGCACCCGAGACAGCUGAUGAAGAGAGGGACUAUCUACGCUUUUUACUGGACCUGCCGUUUCCGCGGCGACGAUUUCGACCAGUUAGUUCCGCAGGGAUAAACCGCGGGCUAGGCGAAAUCGAGGUCUUUUUGAGAAAUCUGGCAGCAUUAGAACCUACCUCAAAGUUGCAACGCAGUAUUUUAAUGGAACUGCAGCUCGAAAUGUGCUCUGCUGAAUUUGUGUCUUCGCUGGAGAAGAUCGAUACGACUGGGGAACCUCUUGAGCCAAAGUGGUUGAAUUACGAUCUGUUUCGCCGACUUAACUGUGAUGGCGCAGUAGAGGGUAGUACGUGCUAUAAGUUCUUGCACGCUUUUAGAAAUCGAGUUACCACGAUUGAAGCUGCCGUGUGUCCAGGAUGCAGUGAGUUUGAAGGAAUUGCGCUGGCAACAGCAGCAGUUAAGGAUCUGCGCACUACAGUCACAAGUAUCGAAAAGUAUAUUCUAGAAAAUUUGGAUCCACAAUACGUCGAUACAUUGUCUCUGUCGGACCAAAGUGUUAAUGUAUCGUCUGUGUUGGACGAUUGCGUUUAUCAUGCUGUGGAAGAUGCUAUUUUAGUGCCACUUGAAAAACAGGUCAAUUUUCUUGUGAGUACGACAGUGGAUAAGGAGGCUGAGAAGCGACUGGCGCACAAUAUUGAGCGUUUAAAGUGCAGAUCUCAGACUGAAAGUGGCAUUCCAGAGCAUUUGCAGUCCGACGAAGACUGGGGAUUGUCAUGCCAUCAUCUAAGCAUGAUUGACGAGCGAACACUGCCUAUGGACAAAAUUCAGGAACUUUUGCGUGCUGCUCUUGAAAUUUUUAAGAGCUGCGGCGAGAAGAAUCUGGAGUGGCGAGAAAAUUCAGCUCUGACUGCUGACGACUACCUCCCUAUCCACAUAUAUGUUGUUGUGAAAAGCGGGUUGAAACGACCGCUAGCCACGAAGGAACUUCUAGGCGCCAUGAUCCACCCGUCUUUGAUGCUGGGGGAAGUGGGCUAUUUCUUAACCAUGUUUGAAGUCGCGCUGAAGUACAUCGCUGACAUGUAA